AUGUCGAAUCAUCAAGCGCUCGUUGAAGCGCUCUUGAUGAAAUCAUUACUUGGCUACGAGCUCGUUGAUACGAAGUUCCACCUAUUUUCAGGCCGUUCAGCACAUCCACGUAAAGUCACUCGGCUCCAAGCCUUGUCUGCCAACGACAUUGUUCUGACAGCACGCUCCGAAUUUUUCGCCGAAUUAUUGUCUGGAACGGGAUCACCUGAUGCCACGUUUGUCGAUUUCGACGGUGGCUCGGCAUACGAGGAUGGCGUGGCUCUUGACGAUUAUGGUUACGAUUCUGACAGCGAUCUUGAAGAGGAAGAAGAGAAAGAAGCUAUUCAAACGCCGGACAGCGACGAAACUGUCGUCCACAAGGGAAACACAAGUGAAUCAGAUGACGAUGACGACGAUGAUUUACUUUUCGUAGCGGAUGCUAGGUCCGAAAUCGACUCAACAGAUGGUGAUCGCAUCUUAGCCAGCGCAUCACAAGCUCCGAUGCCUAUCACUUCUGCCCCAAUUCAACAUAAACUAUCAGUUGUCAACUGCCGGAACAUACUGGUACGAGACACAGCCUUCAGGACGUGGAAAGCGCUCUUGCUGUAUUUGUAUACCAACAAGAUCAUCUUCUCCCCACUCAAGUCUCAGGGACAGCCCAGAGCCAAUGUGGAGGCCCCCGACCCUAGCACAUUGUGGCCUUGCUCACCAAAGUCGAUGUAUCGUUUAGCGUGCAAGGUUCGACUUGACAGUCUUCGUGACCAAGCUUUCUAUGCAAUACGCAGUAGUCUAAAUGCAGGAAAUAUUCUUCAAGAACUUUCUUCUUCAUUGACAUCCAAGUAUCCCGCAAUCCUGCAGAUGCAAGUAGACAUCCUACUCCAGCACAUUGCGUCCGUCGACGUCAUCCAAAAUAUGCCUUCGCUGGCCAGGAGGAUCGCUGACUCGCAAAUACCCCAUGGUGCUGACAUUAUGAUUGAUUUGUACCGGAAAAUGCUGCUGCAGUACCAUCCUCAGGCGCUUGCGCUUGCAGAAGCGCCAACUGAGAGGGAGUCGCCUCGGUCAGAUGGUGGACUUUCAUGUCGUGGAAUACCUAGCACUCCCCCACCACCAGCGUCAUUCAUGAACGAUACUUCCCCGCCACCGGCGCCAUUCAUGGACGACACUUCCCCGCCACCGGACGAUACUCCCCCACCACCAGCGCCGAAGACCACUACUCCAACACGUUACAGGAAGAAGAGGCCUUAUAUAUAUUAA